AUGGACCCAUUCUUCAUGGAAGUUGAUAAUGAAAUUGUGGCUGAAGCGGUAGUAGACAAGUUUGUUGGAGGCCAAGCUGUCUAUGUUGACAUGUCACAACAUGGGUUGACGUACCAAUCGAACUUUAGGGAUGCAAUUGCUACUGCUAUGUGGCAAAAUCAUGUUGGCCAUGGGCAGAUUUGUGAUGAUUGCGUCAGUGUUAUCGAUGGCACAUUGGUAGAUGUGUCGGUCCCAGCCUCAAGACAGAAUACAUUCUGUGGUCACAAAGCUAUGGUAUUGCAAAAUGUACUCGCAGCUUGCGACUUCGACAUAUGUUUCACAUUUAUCAAUUCUGGAUGGGAAGGCAAGUAUUAUUUAGUGGAUGUCGACUUCACGAACAUGCCUAGAUUUCUUACCCUAUUUCGUUCCCAACGCUAUCACUUGCAAGAGUUUCAUGGCCAUCAUUAUUUUGGACCCAAGGAAUUGUUUAACCACCGACAUUCGUCGUUACGCAAUGUCAUAGAAAGAACAUUUGGUGUUCUGAAGAAGCGCUUUCCAAUAUUGCGGUCCAUGCCAAAUUACAAGUCCACAAGACAAGGACCCUUCGUGAUUGCAUGUUGUGUAGUGCACAAUCAGAUCCGUUUGCAUGUAGCUAUGGACCCAUUCUUCAUGGAAGCUGAUAAUGAAAUGGUGGCUGAAGCGGUAGUAGACAGGUUUUUUGGAGGCCAAGCUGUCUAUGUUGACAUGUCACAACAUGGGUUGACGUACCAAUCAAACUUCAGGGAUGCAAUUGCUACUGCUAUGUAG